UUUCAGUCUGAGCCAGAAUUAGGCUCUGUAAGCAUGGCUGCCUUCCAGCCUCACCUUUGGGUUGUCUUCCUGACUGGGGUUAUUGUUGAGGCCUCUGCUGUGGAAACAUUCCUUGCUGCCGUCUAUGAACAUGCUGUUAUACUUACAGGACCCACACCAAAACUUGUCUCUCCAGAAGAAGCCCUGAAUUUAAUGAACAGAAAUCUAGACAUCUUAGAAGAAGCCAUCAAAACAGCUGCUGAACAGGGAGCCCGUAUCAUUGUGACCUCUGAAGAUGGCAUUUAUGGGUGGGUCUUUACUCGGGAAACAGUUUAUCCUUAUCUUGAGGAUAUACCAGAUCCUGAAGUAAACUGGAUUCCGUGCAAUGAUCCAGAAAGGUUUGGAUUUAACCCAGUGCAGAAAAGGCUUAGUUGCAUGGCAAAGAAUUAUGGCAUCUAUGUGGUUGCCAACAUGGGCGACAAGAAACCGUGCAACUCCAGUGAUCCAAAGUGUCCCAGGGAUGGUCGCUAUCAGUACAAUACCAAUGUUGUUUAUGAUUCAGAAGGAAAGUUUCUGGCCCGUUAUCACAAGUACAAUCUUUUUGCCUCAGAAAUCCAUUUCAAUUUUGCAAAGGAGCCACAGUUUGUCAACUUCAACACCUCCUUUGGGAAGUUUGGCGUUUUCACUUGUGCUGAUAUGCUUAACUUUGGUGAACCUGCCGUCUCAUUGGUGGAAAAAUUCAAAGUGGACACCAUCCUUUUUCCAACUGCUUGGUUAAAUACUCUACCCCUUCUGUCUGCUGUUCAAUAUUACUCAGCCUGGGCAAUGGGAAUGCGUGUGAAUAUCCUUGCAGCUAAUAUACACAAACCCAGUUUGGACAUUACUGGGAGUGGCAUUUUUACACCCAAUGGCCCGAAGGCAUAUCACUUUGAUAUGGAAAGCCAGAAUGGCAAACUCUUGGUCGCAGAAAUUGAGGCACGUCCCCGUCUUUCUCCCACCUACCCUCCACCUUUCAACUGGAGCUUGUAUGCAUCAGGGCUUCAACAUUUCUCACCAGAGAGCCCAGUAUUUCACAGCAGUAUCUAUUUUGAUGAUUUCACCUUUACAGAACUCUUGCAAGAGGCAGGAAACUAUACCGUCUGCCAGAAAAACCUGUGCUGUUAUUUGAACUACAGUAUGGCAGAGAAACAAGAGGAUGAAUUUUAUGCUUUGGGUGUUUUUGAUGGGCUUCAUGUGAUUGAAGGAGAAUAUUAUUUGCAGAUCUGCACACUCCUGAAGUGUAACAGCACAGAGCUGAAAUCAUGCGGCCAGCGAGUUGAUACUGCUGUUACCAGGUUCAAUUUCUUUUCCCUCAGUGGCUCAUUUAACACUAAUUAUGUGUUUCCUGAAGUGCUACUCAGUGGGACCCAACUGGCUCCUGGAGAAUUUAAGGUUUUGCCUGAUGGACAGAUGAUAAGUGAAAAAGGCCUGUCAAAACCACUUUUAGUGGCGGCUCUUUUUGGAAGAUGGUAUGAAAAAGACUCUCCACAUCCUACCUCCACCGCACCAUGAACCAGGCCUUCAUGAUUUACUUUCCUUUCAUGUGGACGAUAUUCUGUGGUUUGAAAAUAUUAAUCCUGGCAUAGAAAUUAUGUCUAUUUUCUAACAUUUCUGGUAGCUAAAGAGAAAAGCCAAAGUGAAAGAUAAUCAAUAUUCCAAUAUGCACAGGAGCCAAAUGAAUACUUCAAAUGAUGCAAACUUUCUUCAUCCUUGAAAAUUUAUGGGAAUCCAGAUGUUACUGUAUUCCCUUGUCUAUAUGAGUCAGGGUACCAUAUUUUUCGGAGUAUAAGACGGACCUUUUUCCCCCCUAAAAGGGGGUGAAAAUUUAGGUGCGUCUUAUACACCGAAUGUAGCCUCGCCCACCCACUGGCUCCCACUCUUUGGCCUCUGUCUCCCAGCAUUUACCCCCUUGUAGUAAGCAGCAAGAAGAAACAGCUCCUUUCAGCUUCAGCACAGCCUAAUUAGCACAAGUUGAUUGGAUAGGCCUCCUGACUCUCAGCUGUUUUGCGCAGGGCUCUGCUGCUUGGUGUCAAGGAGGUAAAUUGCUGGAGCAGAUUUUUUUUUUCUUGUGCUAAUCAAGCUAUGCUGAAAACGAAAAUGAAAGUAAAGCAGGCUGUUUGCUGUUUGCUGCAAGGAGGCAAAAUUGCUGGGAGGCAGAGGCAGAGGCAGAUUUCUUUUUCUUGUUUUCCUCACCAAAAAAGGUAGAUGUAUCUUAUACUCCGAAAAAUACAGUACUUUUCAUAACAAUUUCCAUCUUUUCACUUUCCACCACAAAGCUGUGGAGCAGGAAAAGAAAGGAUAGUGCUACUUGGAACUUUAGGCCUCAUUAUUAGCAUUUUAAUAAAGGUGAUAUUAGGAUUUUAGCAUGGCAUUCAUGCUUCCUUACAGGCAUGGGGCUGGUGUUGUUUUGCAGAGAAAACUACUUUUGAGAGAUGUGUGUUUAAAAGUUCAAAAGGACAUUGGGACAUUAAAGGAAAAAAGGUCAUUACCUGAAAACAGGAAGGGUCUGCUAUUCUGAUAAGCAAAUCAGCUUGUGCAAGCAGAUUAACCAACAGUUUUAACCAUACAGCCUGGCACAUUAAAUUGAGGCAAGCAGUAGAGAAAUUAACUGCUUGCCUCAAUUUAUUAUGCUUAAACUGCUAAGAUUGUAAGGAAACAGGAAUUGUAGGCUAAGAAAUCAAUUUAAAAAGGGGGAAAGGUGUCUAGAAAAAAAAGGAACUGGACAAAAGGUGAAGAAACAGAUAAAACAUGGAGAUGUUCAUGAAGAGGGGAAGAGGCAUUCCGAGAAGAUUGUGACUCAGUAGUCUUUGUCGAAGGGGGCUGCAGGGGAGGGAUUUGUGCUUCGGGCUGAAGGAAUAAAAAGUUGAUGAAAUCUAUUCCUGGAUGUAACCCACAUAGCUGGUCACCCACUCUUGCAAGAACAUAUUUUAUAAUAAACUGUUUGCUGCUUCA